ACAAUGUUCGUAGCAAGCAAGUAAUGAGUAUGUUACAUCAAAAAAAAAACACAGUGGGCUGUAUAAACAUAUCUUGAACUGACAAGGUUUAAAAAUUCCAUUUGCUAACUAUUGGCAUUUGGAUAUAGUGAUAAGCAUCACAAGCAAAAUGCCUUUGAGAUCGAAGCAUGGAAAUUUUGAUGUUCCAGAAAUAUCGUUGAGCGACUUUUUUCUCGAGCGUAUAAAAGAAUAUGGUGACGAUAUUGCUCUGAUUGACAACACCAACGAAGAAAAACAGCUUACUUUUAGACAAGUUUACGAACAAAUACAAUCCUGUGGGAGAUUUUUUCAAAAGCAAAAGAUAGACAAGGGAGAUGUUGUGUGUCUGAUCACUCAGAAUUGUGUAGAAUAUAUAGUGGCAACGGUUGGUGUGGUAUCUUGUGGGGCGACCAUAUCACUUUGUAAUCCGUCAUACAAAGAAGGAGAAAUACAGCAUAUCUUCAAAAUCACCGAACCAAAAAUAGUUAUCGCAUCUGAAAAAAGCAUCGAUACUAUAAAGCAAGUACUCAAUAAUAACCCAGAGAAUCAAGUUCAGAAAAUCAUAGUCAUUGGAAAAAGUAAUGAAUUCGAAACUUGGGAUGACAUUAUCAUCUCAAAUAAAGAAAACGAAGGAAACAUUGUUCCGACUUGCAAAAUAUCACCAAAGAAAGAUUUAGCGUUCCUACCAUAUUCAAGUGGAACUACAGGAAUGCCGAAAUGUGUUAUGCACACUCAUUAUGGUACGAUUGCGAUGGUAUUAGCCAGUUGGCACCAUUUAAACUAUCAACGCGGAGAUGUGUUCUACAACGAACGGCCUUUGUAUCACGGAGGUGGUUAUUUUUUCUUACUUGUUGCACUGCAAGGCGGGUUAAGUGUUAUCAUGGAUCAAAAGUUUGACGUUGAAGGUACACUGGCUGCGAUACAAAAAUACAAGGCAAAUCAUAUGCUUCUGGUGCCACCAAAUUUGCUAAAACUAUCCCAGACAGAGUUACAUCACAAGUAUGAUACCUCGUCGUGGAAAUCGUCAUUUAUUGGAGGUGCAUCAAUUCCACCCACAGCAUUGAAAGAAGUUAUCGAUAGGUUCAACAUUAGAAUAUUUCCAUGUUAUGGGCAGACUGAAUGCUUUCCUGUAUCUUGGAAUGACAAAGUAGAUCAAUUCAUUGAUUCAGCUGGUUCAAUUGCAGUCAAUUCUGAAAUUAUGAUUGUUGAUCCAAAUACGGAAAAAGAGUUGAAAUCUGGCGAAGACGGCGAAAUUUGGGUCAAAAGUACACAUAUGGCUGCUGGAUAUUAUAAAAAUUCGGAAGCAACAGAACAAGCAAUAAAUAAAGACGGAUUUCUUCGCACUGGCGAUAUUGGACAUAUUGAAAAUGAAAUGCUUUUUGUGGUUGGCCGGCUCAAGGAAGUUAUCAAAUAUAACACGUUCCAGGUUCCACCUGCAGAAAUAGAGCAUGUACUUAUGAAACAUCCUGGUGUAAAAGAUGCUGCAGCGGUUGGUGUGCCAGAUGAAGCAUGUGGGGAGUUACCAAAAGCAUUCGUUGUACGGAAAAUGGAAUCGGUCACAACGGAUGAACUGCAUGAAUUGAUUAAAAAUGAACUUGUCGAUUACAAACAUCUUCGUGGCGGGAUCCAAUUUGUCAAUCAUAUUCCGAAAUCUAUACUUGGCAAAAUAGAUCGCAUAGAAUUGAAGAAAUGGGCGAUGAAAAACGAGAACCUAUAGCAAUGCAGCAAUGUCCCUCAAGAGAUAAUUUGAACCCCCAAAUGCAAAAAUGAAAUUUUCUGUAAUAUUGCCGUAAUUUAUAUUAUUAGGAUGAUUUUGCUUUACUACUGAGUAUUCUGAAAAAAAGUUUCGAACAAGUAAUUAAAAUUGUUCAUAUUAUUAAUAAACUAGGUUGCAUGCAUUUUGUUCACUUUUCUUAAGCAACUCAUAUUUUUGUUUGUAUGUUUGAGAAAAUAACUGAAGGUGAUGAAUUUCAAAAUCAUUGUCAGAAAUAUUGAUUUCAAUGCAAACUCGUAUAUAUACUGUUGAAUGCGUGUUCAAAUGUACAGCGACGCGGUCGACCGCGGAACAGAUGAAGAAACUAUUCAAAAUUAGUCGCGGAA